UGGGUCCUGGCCUUCGAGAUCUUCAUCCCGCUAGUCCUCUUCUUCAUCCUGCUGGGGCUACGGCAGAAGAAGCCCACCAUCUCCGUGAAGGAAGUGUCCUUCUACACGGCUUCACCCCUGACAUCAGCUGGCAUCCUGCCUGUCAUGCAGUCGCUGUGCCCGGAUGGCCAGCGGGACGAGUUUGGCUUCCUGCAGUAUGCCAACUCCACGGUCACCCAGCUGCUGGAGCGCCUCAACCGAGUGGUGGAAGAGGGCAACCUGUUCGACCCUGCACGGCCCAGCCUGGGCUCAGAGCUCGAGGCCCUACGCCAGCACCUGGAAGCCCUCAGCUUGGGCCCAAGCACCUGGGAGAGCCGCCCCACUGGAUCUGCAGCACCCUUCUCUCUGGACUCGGUGGCCAGGGACCCACAGGAGCUCUGGCGGUUCCUGACGCAGAACCUGUCGCUGCCCAACAGCACAGCGCAGGCCCUCCUGGCUGCUCGAGUGGACCCAGCCGAGGUCUACCGCCUGCUGCUUGGCCCUUUGCCCACCCUGGAUGGGGAGUCAGCCUUCCCCAGGGGUCAGGAGCCUUGGAGCCGCCUGGGCAGCAGCCCCCCGUUCCAGAUGGAGGAGCUGCUGCUGGCCCCUGCCCUCCUGGAGUGGCUCACAUGUGCCCCGGGCUCUGGGGACCUGGGCCGGAUCCUCACCAUGCCUGAGGGGCAGCAGGCGGCCCUGCAGGGCUAUCAGGAUGCUGUCUGCAGCGGGCAGGCUGGGGCACGUGCCCAGCGCUUCACUGGACUGGCCACAGAGCUCCGGAACCAGCUGGAUGUGCCCAAGAUUGCUCAGCAGCUGGGCCUGGAUGCCUCCAACAGUUCUGCUGCCCAGCAGCAGGCACCGCCCCCGCGGAGGCUGCAGGCGCUCUUCGGGGACCUGCUGGAUGCCCAGAAAGUCCUGCAGGAUGUGGAUGUGCUGUCUGCUCUGGCCCUGCUGCUCCCCCAGGGCGCCUGCACUGGCCGCACCCCGGGUCCUCUAGCCGGCGGCCCAGGGGGCGCAGUCAAUGGCACGGGGGCAGGGGUGGGCACAAGUUCCAACGCCACCACCGAAGAGGGCACCCCAGCUGCCGCAGCCCCAGCCUCCCCAGACUCACUGCAGGGCCAGUGUUCCGCCUUUGUGCAGCUCUGGGCCGGACUGCAGCCCAUCCUGUGUGGCAACAACCGCACCAUCGAACCUGAGGCGCUACGGAGGGGCAACAUGAGCUCUCUGGGCUUCACGAGCAAGGAACAGCGGAACCUCGGCCUUCUCGUGCACCUCAUGACCAGCAAUCCCAAAAUCCUGUAUGCGCCAGCGGGCUCGGAGGCCGACCGGGUCAUCCUCAAGGCCAAUGAGACUUUUGCCUUCGUGGGCAACGUGACUCACUACGCCCAGGUCUGGCUUAACAUCUCGGCGGAGAUCCGAAGUUUCCUGGAGCAGGGCCGAUUGCAGCAGCACCUGCACUGGCUGCAGCAGUACGUGGCGGAUCUGCGGCUGCACCCGGAGGCACUAAACUUGUCGCUGGAAGAGCUGCCGCCCGCCCUGCGCCAGGACAACUUCUCGCUGCCCAAUGGCACAGCCCUUCUGCAGCAGCUGGACACGAUCGACAACGCUGCCUGCGGCUGGAUCCAGUUCAUGUCCAAGGUGAGCGUGGACAUCUUCAAGGGCUUUCCCGAUGAGGAGAGCAUUGUCAACUACACGCUCAACCAGGCCUACCAAGACAACGUCACCGUGUUUGCCAGUGUCAUCUUCCAGACACGGAAGGACGGCUCACUGCCGCCCCACGUGCACUACAAAAUCCGCCAGAACUCCAGCUUCACUGAGAAAACCAACGAGAUCCGCCGCGCCUACUGGCGGCCGGGGCCCAACACCGGGGGCCGAUUCUACUUCCUCUACGGCUUUGUGUGGAUCCAGGACAUGAUGGAGCGGGCCAUCAUCAACACCUUCGUGGGGCACGACGUCGUGGAGCCCGGCAACUACGUGCAGAUGUUCCCUUACCCUUGCUACACGCGGGAUGACUUCCUGUUUGUCAUCGAGCACAUGAUGCCGCUCUGCAUGGUGAUCUCCUGGGUGUACUCGGUGGCCAUGACCAUCCAGCACAUCGUGGCAGAGAAGGAGCACCGGCUGAAGGAGGUGAUGAAGACCAUGGGCCUCAACAACGCUGUGCACUGGGUGGCCUGGUUCAUCACGGGCUUCGUGCAGCUGUCCAUCUCCGUGACCGCGCUCACCGCCAUCCUCAAGUACGGCCAGGUGCUCAUGCACAGCCAUGUGCUCAUCAUCUGGCUCUUCCUUGCCGUCUACGCCGUGGCCACCAUCAUGUUCUGCUUCUUGGUGUCCGUGCUGUACUCCAAAGCCAAGCUGGCAUCGGCCUGUGGUGGUAUCAUCUACUUCCUGAGCUAUGUGCCCUACAUGUACGUGGCGAUCCGAGAGGAGGUGGCCCACGACAAGAUCACUGCCUUCGAGAAGUGCAUCGCGUCCCUGAUGUCCACGACAGCCUUUGGCCUGGGCUCCAAGUACUUCGCCCUGUACGAGGUGGCGGGCGUGGGCAUCCAGUGGCACACCUUCAGCCAGUCCCCAGUGGAAGGGGACGACUUCAACCUUCUGCUCGCCGUCACCAUGCUGGUGGUGGACGCAGUGGUCUAUGGUGUGCUCACGUGGUACAUCGAGGCUGUGCACCCAGGCAUGUACGGGCUGCCCCGGCCCUGGUACUUCCCACUGCAGAAGUCCUACUGGCUGGGCAGUGGGCGGACAGAGGCCUGGGAGUGGAGCUGGCCCUGGGCGCGUGCCCCCCGCCUCAGUGUCAUGGAGGAGGAUCAGGCCUGUGCAAUGGAGAGCCGGCGCUUCGAGGAGACCCGAGGCAUGGAGGAGGAGCCCACCCACCUGCCCUUGGUUGUGUGUGUGGACAAGCUCACCAAGGUCUAUAAGAACGACAAGAAGCUGGCCCUCAACAAGCUGAGCCUCAACCUGUACGAGAAUCAAGUGGUCUCCUUCCUGGGCCACAACGGCGCGGGCAAGACCACCACCAUGUCCAUACUGACCGGCCUGUUCCCACCCACCUCGGGCUCGGCCACCAUCUACGGCCACGACAUCCGCACAGAAAUGGACGAGAUCCGCAAGAACCUGGGCAUGUGUCCGCAGCACAACGUGCUCUUUGACCGGCUCACGGUGGAGGAGCACCUCUGGUUCUACUCCCGGCUCAAGAGCAUGGCACAGGGAGAGAUCCGCAAGGAGAUGGACAAGAUGAUUGAGGACCUGGAGCUCUCCAACAAGCGGCACUCGCUGGUGCAGACCCUGUCAGGUGGCAUGAAGCGCAAGCUGUCAGUGGCCAUCGCCUUUGUGGGCGGCUCUCGCGCCAUCAUCCUGGACGAGCCCACUGCGGGCGUGGACCCCUACGCCCGCCGCGCCAUCUGGGAUCUCAUCCUGAAGUACAAGCCAGGACGCACUAUUCUCUUGUCCACCCACCACAUGGACGAGGCCGACCUGCUGGGGGACCGCAUUGCCAUCAUCUCCCACGGGAAGCUCAAGUGCUGCGGCUCCCCCCUCUUCCUCAAGGGCGCCUACGGCGACGGGUACCGCCUCACGCUGGUCAAGCGGCCUGCCGAGCCCGGGGCCCCCGCAGAGCCAGGGCUGGCGUCCAGCCCCCCGGGUCGGGUGCCGCUGAGCAGCUGCUCAGAGUCCCAGGUGUCCCAAUUCAUCCGCAAACAUGUGGCAUCCUGCCUGCUGGUGUCCGACACGAGCACUGAGCUCUCCUACAUCCUGCCCAGCGAGGCGGCCAAGAAGGGGGCCUUCGAGCGCCUCUUCCAGCACCUGGAGCACAGCCUGGAUGCUCUGCACCUCAGCAGCUUCGGACUGAUGGACACCACCCUGGAGGAGGUGUUCCUCAAGGUGUCUGAGGAGGACCAGUCCCUGGAGAACAGCGAGGCCGACAUGAAGGAGUCCAGGAAGGACGUGCUGCCUGGGGCGGAGGGCCCAGUGUCUGGGGAGAGCCAGUCCGGCAACCUGGCCCGAUGCUCGGAGCUGACCCAGUCCCAGGCAUCGCUGCAGUCGGUGUCUUCAGUGGGCUCUGCCCGAGGUGACGAGGGAGCUGGCUACACCGAUGUCUAUGGUGACUACCGGCCACUCUUUGACAAUCUGCAGGACCCGGACAACGUCAGCUUGCAAGAGGCCGAAGCGGAGGCCCUCACAUGCGUGGGCCAGGGCAGCCGCAAGCUGGAGGGCUGGUGGCUGAAGGUGCGACAAUUCCACGGGCUCCUGGUCAAGCGCUUCCACUGUGCCCGCCGCAACUCCAAAGCUCUGUGCUCGCAGAUCCUGCUGCCUGCCUUCUUCGUCUGUGUGGCCAUGACUGUGGCCCUGUCCGUCCCUGAGAUCGGUGACCUGCCCCCGCUGGUCCUGUCACCCUCCCAGUACCACAACUACACCCAACCCCGCGGCAACUUCAUCCCCUAUGCCAACGAGGAGCGCCGGGAAUACCAUCUGCGGCUGUCCCCAGAUGCCAGCCCCCAGCAGCUGGUGAGCACGUUCCGGCUACCCUCAGGUGUGGGUGCCACCUGCGUGCUCAAGUCUCCUGCCAACGGCUCGCUGGGGCCCACACUGAACCUGAGCAGCGGGGAGUCCCGCGUGCUGGCCGCCAGGUUCUUCGACAGCAUGUGCCUGGAGUCCUUCACCCAGGGGCUGCCGCUGUCCAACUUCGUGCCACCCCCUCCCUCCCCCGCCCCGUCUGACUCGCCCAUGUCCCUGGAUGAGGACCUGCUGCCUGCCUGGAACACCUCCCUGCCACCUACCACUGGGCCAGAGACGUGGACUUCCGCACCCUCCCUGCCACGCCUGGUGCGGGAGCCAGUCCGCUGCACCUGUUCCACACAGGGCACCGGCUUCUCCUGCCCCAGCAGCGUGGGUGGGCACCCGCCACAGAUGCGCGUGGUCACGGGUGACAUCCUGACAGACAUCACCGGCCAUAAUGUCUCCGAAUACCUGCUCUUCACCUCCGACCGCUUCCGGCUGCAUCGGUAUGGUGCCAUCACCUUCGGUAAUGUCCAGAAGUCCAUCCCGGCCUCGUUUGGCGCCCGGGCCCCACCCAUGGUACGGAAGAUCGCGGUGCGCAGAGUGGCCCAGGUGCUCUACAACAACAAGGGCUACCACAGCAUGCCCACCUACCUCAACAGCCUCAACAAUGCCAUCCUGCGCGCCAACCUGCCCAAGAGUAAAGGCAACCCUGCAGCCUAUGGCAUCACCGUCACCAACCACCCCAUGAACAAGACGAGCGCCAGCCUCUCCCUGGACUACCUGCUGCAGGGUACAGAUGUGGUCAUUGCCAUCUUCAUCAUCGUGGCCAUGUCCUUCGUGCCGGCCAGCUUCGUGGUCUUCCUGGUGGCUGAGAAGUCCACCAAGGCCAAGCAUCUGCAGUUUGUCAGCGGCUGCAACCCUGUCAUCUACUGGCUGGCCAACUAUGUGUGGGACAUGCUCAACUACCUGGUCCCUGCUACCUGCUGCGUCAUCAUCCUGUUUGUCUUCGACCUGCCGGCCUACACAUCGCCCACCAACUUUCCUGCCGUGCUGUCCUUGUUCCUGCUCUAUGGGUGGUCCAUCACCCCCAUCAUGUACCCAGCCUCCUUCUGGUUUGAGGUGCCCAGCUCGGCUUACGUGUUCCUCAUUGUCAUCAAUCUCUUCAUCGGCAUCACCGCCACUGUGGCCACCUUCCUGCUGCAGCUGUUCGAGCAUGACAAGGACCUGAAGGUCGUCAACAGCUACCUGAAAAACUGCUUCCUCAUCUUCCCCAACUACAACCUGGGCCACGGGCUCAUGGAGAUGGCCUACAACGAGUACAUCAACGAGUACUAUGCCAAGAUCGGCCAGUUCGACAAGAUGAAGUCCCCGUUCGAGUGGGACAUUGUCACCCGGGGGCUGGUAGCCAUGACAGUCGAGGGCUUCGUGGGCUUCUUCCUCACCCUCAUGUGCCAGUACAACUUCCUGCGGCAGCCACAACGCAUGCCUGUGUCUACCAAGCCCGUGGAGGAUGACAUAGAUGUGGCCAGUGAGCGGCAGCGAGUGCUGCGCGGGGAUGCUGAUAAUGACAUGGUCAAGAUCGAGAACCUGACCAAGGUGUACAAGUCGCGGAAGAUCGGACGCAUCCUGGCAGUGGACCGCCUGUGUCUGGGCGUGCGUCCGGGCGAGUGCUUCGGCCUCCUGGGUGUCAAUGGCGCGGGCAAGACCAGUACCUUCAAGAUGCUGACCGGUGACGAGAGCACGACCGGCGGCGAGGCCUUCGUCAACGGGCACAGCGUGCUCAAGGAGCUGCUCCAGGUGCAGCAGAGCCUCGGCUACUGCCCGCAGUUUGACGCCCUGUUCGAUGAGCUCACGGCACGCGAGCACCUGCAGCUGUACACGCGGCUGCGCGGCGUCCCCUGGAAGGAUGAGGCCCGGGUGGUGAAGUGGGCACUGGAGAAACUGGAGCUGACCAAGUAUGCAGACAAGCCGGCUGGCACCUACAGCGGCGGCAACAAGCGGAAGCUGUCCACCGCCAUUGCGCUCAUCGGGUACCCCGCCUUCAUCUUCCUGGAUGAGCCUACCACUGGCAUGGACCCCAAGGCACGGCGCUUCCUCUGGAACCUCAUUCUCGACCUCAUCAAGACGGGGCGCUCGGUGGUGCUGACGUCGCACAGCAUGGAGGAGUGCGAGGCCCUGUGCACGCGGCUGGCCAUCAUGGUGAACGGGCGGCUGCGCUGUCUGGGCAGCAUCCAGCACCUCAAGAACAGGUUUGGGGACGGCUACAUGAUCACAGUGCGGACCAAGAGCAGCCAGAGCGUGAAGGACGUGGUGCAGUUCUUCAACCGGAACUUCCCGGAAGCCAUGCUCAAGGAGCGACACCACACGAAGGUGCAGUACCAGCUCAAGUCGGAGCACAUCUCGCUGGCCCAGGUGUUUAGCAAGAUGGAGCAGGUGGUGGGUGUGCUUGGCAUCGAGGACUACUCAGUCAGCCAGACCACACUAGACAAUGUGUUUGUGAACUUCGCGAAGAAGCAGAGUGACAACCUGGAGCAGCAGGAGACAGAGCCGCCCUCCGCCCUCCAGUCCCCGCUGGGCCGUCUGCUCAGCCUGCUGCGGCCCCGGCCGGCCCCCACCGAGCUCCGGGCCCUCGUGACAGAUGAACCAGAGGACCUAGACACAGAGGACGAGGGCCUCAUCAGCUUUGAAGAGGAGCGGGCCCAGCUCUCCUUCAACACGGACACACUCUGCUGACUGUGAGGCGCUGAGCCCGAUGCAUCUGCGGGGCCGGGAGUCAAGGGUGGCCAGGCCCGCCCUGUGUCUCUCGGUGCCACCUGCCGGCUGUGGAGAGGGAGGUCCAGGACCAGGGGCUCCUCGCCAUCUCCAGCCCAUCCUCGGCCCUGCCCUGCGGUUUCUGCAGCUGCCCUCUCUGAUUGUGCCAAAGGCUGGCCCGGCCCUGGGCUACGCACACCCUCACCCUGCUUUGCCUUAAAGCCUCGGGGUCUGGCCCAGCCCCUCGUCCUGCCCUGUUCUGGGGUGCCCUUUGUCCACGGCACCCUGCAGCCAGCCAGACCAGUGGGGUUUUCUGUACUGGGGGCUGCUGGCUGCCCUGGGCUGGGGCUGCCGAGGGCGUGGGGAGGGUCCGCCUAUUUAUUUUGCUUUGAGAAGGAGCCCCUGGCUCGGCUGGGGAUGGUGGUGUCGUCGCAGGCCAGGGGAAGCUGGCCCUGCGGCCCAGAGAGAGCCAGGCCCCGCCCCGCCCCCGCUGCCUCUGCUCACCCAGCUUGGCCCUGUCCGCUGCCCACCCGGGAGCCGGACCUGUACAUAGCGCACAGAUGUUUGUUUUCAAUAAAUGAUGAAAAUGCCCA